GUAGCAUGCAGACCAAUAGUGGGUCUAGAUGGUUGUUUUUUAAAAGGAAUGUAUGGUGGCCAACUUUUAGCAGCAAUUGGGAGAGAUCCUAAUGAUGGGAUGCUUCCAAUUGCAAUAGCCGUUGUGAGAGUGGAGAACACUGAGACAUGGGACUGGUUUAUUAAGAUGUUGUUGGAAGAUAUAGGCUCCAAAGGAAGGCUUACAUUCAUCAGUGAUAGGCAAAAGGGUCUGGUGCAUGUUUUGGAAGCAUUGGAAGGACAACAUGACCACAGAUUUUGUGUACGCCAUAUGUACAAUAACAUUUCUAAGAGGUUUCCUGGAUUACAGUUGAAAGAGCUCAUGUGGAAAGCAGCCAGAGCCACUUACAGAGAAGCAUGGAAGAGAGAAAUGCAAGAAAUUGAGAGGUUGAAUCCUAUGGCACAUGCUGAAUUGAAUGCAAUCGACCCUAGAUUGUGGUGUAAGUCUCACUUUAGUGGAUAUGCAAAAUGUGAUACAUUAUUGAACAACAUGUCAGAAACAUUCAAUUCCACUAUUUUGCAAUUUAGAGAGAAGCCUAUAGCUACGAUGCUCGAUGAGAUAAAAGGAUAUUUGAUGACACGAUGGGCGGAGAAUAGGAUCAAGAUCAAUAGGUACCAAGGAACUAUCCUUCCAAAGAUAAAGAAGAGACUAGAAAUUGAGCAUAAAGAAUCUGGUAAAUGGCUGCCAAAAUGGGCUGGAGAUUUGAAAUUUGAAGUGUUAUGCAUGCAGGAGAAAUUUGUGAUAGACUUGGAUGUGUUGUAUUGCAGCUGUAGAAAAUGGGAAUUAACUGGAAUACCUUGCAGGCACGCAGUGAGUUGCAUAUAUAGUAGAAGAAGGAAACUUGAGGAGUUUGUGCCUCAAUGUUUCAAAAGAGAAGCAUAUAAUGAGUGUUACUCUUUCAUCAUAUAUCCAACUGAAGGACCAGAGAGAUGGCCUAAAACAACCCAUGAUGACAUUCUACCACCUACAUGUCAAAAGACAAUGGGCAGACCAAAGAAAAAAAGAAGAAAAGAGGCUGGUGAAUCACAGUUGGGGAAAUCAUCAAAGUUGGGAAUAAAGAUGAGGUGCAGUAAGUGCGGUGGUGAUAAACAUAAUGCCAGGACAUGUAAAGUUGUACUUCCAACUCCUGAUGAAGGUAGUGUCUCAACUACUACUAAUGUUAUACCUAAGUCUACUAAUGUGAGGGGAAAGAAGUCUAUGCCUACUGAUGUUAGAGGAAAGGGGCCUAUGGCUACAGAUGUUAGGGGAAAAGGGUCAAUGGCUGCUUUUGUUGGGGGUGUUAGACCAAUGGUUGCAUCUGUCAGGGGUACUAGGCUUAUGGAAGCUGCUUUUGUUAGUGGUGUGAGGCCGAUGACACCUUAUAUUCCAACAGUGGGGAGUACUAAAAGACCACCAUCUGUGCCAAAUUACCAAGUGUUCAGACCUAAAAGACCAUGCAUUACAGAACGAAUGGGAACUGAUGCUGCAUAUGGAGGGUCGUCCUCAGGUUCUAUAGCAGGCUUUGGUUCGCAGGGGUCCGUAAACAAAUGA